UGAUAUGGGUUUUUGUUACGUGAAAAAUUGAUAGAUUUUCUUUGUUUAAAAAAAUAAAGUUAAGAUAUGCUCUACUAGUUGUACUCUACUAACUGAGUGCAAUAUUAAAUUAUUAAGUGGAGACACGGAAUACUAAGAAUUAAAAACAAUUAAGAAAAAAAAAAAAGAUAAAAAAGAGGGUCCACAAUUUUUUAUUUUUUUUAUUAGGUUAAGAUGUAGUCAGCCGUCAUCUUCCUCUUGCCUUCAUAUUUCUUCAUCUUCCUCCAUUAAAAGCUUCGAUUAAACCUCAAAACUUUAAACAAAAAAAUUACAGCUGCAAUUCAAGAAAGAACUAGAAGGUUCCUAACUUCCUACACUCACAAAUGGGUACUCCAUCAAAGACGAACUGGAUCCUGAACCAUCACGAACCGGAACGAGUCACUUCUGCGUUUCGGGACUCACGAUCUAGUUCGCAGAACGCGCCAUCGUCCUGCGUUCCGUGUAUCGUUGUUUCCGACCGAUGGUAGUCUCUUACAACAUUUACCCUUUUAUAAGACACUUCAUAGGAACAAAUGCUACAUCAACGUUUCGGACCAUUGUCUCCGGUUAUCCAGGACGACUCAUUCUUGUUUCAAUUCAAUGUCCUAACCCUGAUUUCAAUGAACCUGAGCAUAGAUGGAGGAUGGUGAAGAGGUCGCUAGUUGAAGCCAUAGCCGAUGAGCUUGCUCCCGGUGGGAAGGUGUUUCUUCAGUCAGAUAUUGAAGAAGUUGCGAUGAGAAUGUGCAAGCAAUUCUUAGAUGAAGGAAAGAAUAAGCUUGUCAUUGCCUAUGAUGAUAAGAGUAUGAUAGCAGGCCCAGGAGGAUGGCUUACAGAAAAUCCAUUUGGAGUUCGGUCUGAUUGGGAACGACAUGUCCUUGCUCGCGGGGCUCCCAUGUGUAGAUUGAUGUUGUGUAAAAAGAUAGCUGGUGAUGUAGAAAGGCAAUUAUAUGACACCUAAUAAUAUUAUUUUGAUAUUCGAAUAACUACCAAGUAAUUACCAAUUACUGGUGAUGUAGUAAUUUUAUUUUAUUUUUAUUUUUUUCAGGAAAUGUACUAAAUUUUAAUUAUUAUAAGUUUUACUAAUUAAUAAUAAAAGAUGUUGCUCAAAGUUUUGCAUCAGCAUGCGUAUCUAGAAGAAAUGCUUCAAUUUAAAAAAUAUGCGGGGAGGUGAAUGUCUCAGCCUCUAGCAACUAAAGACUUUAAUAUCUCUAGCAAAGGACCAAUCUAUAAAUAAAGAUAGAUAUAUAUAUAUAAAUAAAUAAAAAAUAAAAACAAAAAAAAAUGUCACAUGACUCCAAUAGAAAGAAAUAAAAAAAAAAUUGUUUUUUGCCAACCACUUUUAUAGUACAAUGUCACAUACUUUUGUAGUACAAUGCCCCGAAAAUUGCAAAGUCUAGUACUCCCUUCGUCCCCGAAAGAACGACCCAUGUGGCCUAAUUUUAGUCCCAAAAAGAAUAAUCCAUCUAUAACUAUAACUAAAGUAGAAACCGCUGACGUCAUUUUCCCCAACCUGGACACGUGUCACUUUAUUAUAAAAAAUUUUCCAUCCAAAUUGUCUUGCAUGU